AUGGAUAUCGGCUCUCUAAAGAGUCGAAUUUUGCAUGGAACGCGUUUCCCGACGAUUUUCAAAAGUGAAUAUCUCGAAGAAGCCUUCGCAUUUCGACCUCACGAUGACGACAUUGUUCUGAGAACUUAUCCAAAAUGCGGAACGAAUUGGGUGAAGCACAUUAUACUCCACCUACUCGACCACGAGAAUUUCGACGGUGACAUUGCCAAGGCUCAGGAAGCUUGCCCCUUUUUGGAGAAAUCCGGUACCAAAGGUUUGAAGCCCGGUAGUUUGUUCAUGACCCACCUCCCGUUCAACGUCGACACUUUCAACCCAAACGCGAAGUAUGUCAUCGUGUUGCGGAAUCCGCGGGAUGUCGCGGUUUCCUUCUACCAUUUCUCAACGCGAAUCGCGACGGCUUCCGGGGAUUUCCCAAAGGGCAUAUACUGGUUUCCGAGGUUCGCUGAACUCUUCCUGAAGGGUGAAAUCUGGUACGGAGACUACAUGGAGUACCACGGGGAUAUGCUAGAAGGAUUGAAGAAGUAUGGACGACCGGAGAACAUUCUGUUCGUCGUGUACGAGAAAAUGAAGAACCAUCCGCGGGAAGAAAUAAAACGGAUCGCAGAAUUCAUCGGCGGGAAAGCAGCCGACUCGAUCAAGGACGAGAAGAUUUUAAGCAUGAUCUUGGAACGAACCAGCGUAGAGUUCAUGAAGGAACGCGCCGACAAGUUAUCGAGGCAAAAUCCCGAUGAAUCAGAUGAGCCUCGGCGAGGCACUCAAGCUGUUCAGUUCGUUCGAAAGGGAGUGGUUGGGGAUCAUGUGAAUUACUUCACUCCGGAGAUUCACAAGGCCUUCGACGACUAUAUCGCAUCAGAUCCGAGAAACAAAGAGAUCAUGGAUAGAUUCGAAGCUUAG